CCUGCAUCUGCUGUGUACUGUACUAGUAAUUAGUAAAAAGUGUUGAAUAAUUUUCUAUGAAUGAAGUUCAGUGAGAAAUUAUAAAUAUGGUGCGAGCUAAGGGGGAAGAAAUGUGCAUUAAGCAUGGUUUUACUAGAAUCUAGCAAAGUUAAUGCAAUCUUUUGAUGAAUAAGUCUCAAAACCCAAAUGUGGUUGAACAACAAUUACCUUAUUUUGAGAGUUACUAAGGAGAAGUUCUUUUUACCUCAAAACCAUGCACUAAAAUUUCUUGCUACAUUGUGUUUUUAGAGUAUUUAAAGAGGAGUAGUUGCCUCCCAUUAUAUUUUGUUGCUUCUGCACAAAAAACCUGUUCAUAACUAGCUCAUGGAGUCUUGGUGCUGCAGAAUUGUCUUGGUUUUUGUUCUUGGAUUUUCAAUCUUUUUUGCUUCUUCUGCUGAAAAAGCCCCACAUUAUACCUUUGUUAAACCAGCAACAUUAGCUCCUCAAGUUUCCUACUUUGAUUACAUAGUUGUGGGUGGGGGAACAGCCGGGUGUUCACUAGCAGCAACACUUUCAAAUGGUGCAACUGUUCUGUUGCUAGAAAGAGGUGGUGUCCCUUAUGGAAACAAGAACGUAGAAGACAUAGGCUCGUUCGGAGCUAAUUUAGCUAAUGUCUCACCAGCUUCACCAUCUCAAGGAUUCGUGUCUGAAGACGGAGUCCUAAACGCGCGUGCUCGUGUCCUAGGUGGAGGAUCUGCAAUCAAUGCUGGGUUUUACACAAGGGCUCCCCCGGAAUAUGUGGCGAGGGUUGGAUGGGAUUACGCUUUGGUGAACCAAUCUUAUGCUUGGGUUGAGAGAAAGGUGGCUUUUGAGCCUCCUAUGCUGCAAUUUCAGACUGCAGUUAAAAAUGGAUUGCUUCAAGCAGGAGUGCAGCCUUAUAAUGGAUUUACUUAUGACCACAUUCGUGGUACAAAAUUUGGAGGGACUAUCUUUGAUAGAAGUGGUUACAGGCAUACUGCUGCUGAUUUGCUAGAGUAUGCAGAUCCUCGACGUGCUACAGUUUACCUUUAUGCAACAGCUCAGAAAAUCUUGUUCAGUAGAAAAGAGCUUGGGAAACCAAGAGCAUUUGGAGUGGUAUUCAAGGAUUCAGUUGGAGUAAUGCACAAAGCAUUUCUAAGACCAGGACCCAAGAAUGAGGUGAUUAUAUCAGCUGGUGCACUUGGUAGCCCACAAAUGCUAAUGCUAAGUGGGAUUGGUCCAGCUACUGAGCUCUUGUUCCACGGCAUCGAAGUCGUGUUAGACCAGCCCGAGGUUGGCCAAGGAAUGGCUGAUAAUCCCAUGAAUAUCCUUUUCGUUCCUUCUCCUGUUGGUGUCGAAACAUCCCUAAUUCAAGCUGUUGGAAUCACUCAGUUUGACAGUUACAUUGAAGCAGCAAGUGGCUCAAGCAAUAUCCGGGCUUUUAUGCAGAACCUUCCUGCUGCUGCUCAGAUGCUGGCUUCCCAGGCUAGUCAAUCCGAUGGGCCUAACGUGAUAACUACACAAGAUGAUUUAGAUAAAGCAAUUGAAUACAUGCAUUCUCUUUUAAAUGGAACCAUCCAUGGGGGAGUUCUCCUAGAAAAGAUAUCUGGUCUGCGUUCUUCAGGAUAUCUACAUCUAACAACUUUAGAUCCAGAUGAUAAUCCAGCAGUAAGAUUCAACUACUUCCAAGAUCCAGCAGACCUAGAAAAGUGUGUUAUGGGAAUGGAAACCAUAAUAAAGGUUAUAGAAUCAGAACCAUUUUCACAGUUCCGCGUACCAGGAAUGACAGUACAAUCACUCAUAAACAUCGUGGUUAACUUCCCUCUAAACUUACGGCCUAGACAUUUUGGCACUGCACUUUCCUUGGAGCAAUUUUGCAUUGAUACAGUAUUGACAAUAUGGCACUAUCAUGGAGGUUGUCAAGUUAAUAAAGUUGUUGAUAAGGAUUAUAAGGUUCUUGGAACAGUAGGUCUACGAGUGAUUGAUGGGUCUACGUUCUAUGAGUCUCCAGGAACCAAUCCUCAGGCAACGGUCAUGAUGCUUGGAAGAUAUAUGGGACAAAGGAUUCUAGCAGAAAGACGAUAGGACUAAAAAGGCCGAGAAGGAAACAGAAGAAAACCUGAUUCUUUGUCUAAGGAAGCAGAAGAAUACAUGAUUCUUUGUUUUGUCAGAAAAAAAAGGACCCAGAAUUUGAUUGUCUAUAAUGUGGUUGUUUACACGACAUUCUCAUUUGGUCUGGUGUAACCAGAUCUUUACAAAACAUAUGACUUAUUCUAUUCAAAAUAAAAUCAUAUUUUGAAGAA